AUUGCAUUUGUUCAUCCAAAAUAUAAAAUAAAAUAAAAUAAAACCCUUCAAUAUUAUCAAAACCCUUCUCUCUCUUGAUAAUUUCUUUAAUUAUAUUUUAAAGAUGAACAAAGAAACAAUACAAAUCUCCAUUGACACUACUGAAUCUGAUCCAACAACAAGAACAAGCCCUACUACGUGGAACCACGACAGGGAUGACUCUUCUAACCAGUACUGUAGCGACAGAUCACAAUAUCAUUAUUCUCAUGUCACUUUUAAUGGAAAAAAAGCUCUUACAGAGAUGGAUUUCUUUAAACCUUCUUCUUCAAUGGCUGAUAAUAUUAUUGUCAAGAAUGAAUCUCGAGAUCAUGGCGAUCAUGAUGACUUAAAGAAGGAGCGCGAUAUAAAUACUGGUUUAAAUCUCGUUACGGGGAGUAUGAUCAGUGAUAAAUCUAUUUCAGAUGAUGGAAUAGCUCAAAGAAAGGAAGAUUCUGAUCAAAGAAAGAAAGAGCUUGAAGUUUUGCAGUCGGAAAUAAACAGCAUAGUAUUAGAGAAUCAACAUUUGAAAAGCAUGAUUACUCAAGUCAAAAACAACCACUAUGCCCUACAGAUGCACCUUGGUGCACUCAUGCAGCAACCUCAGAUUCAUAAGGCCAUUGCCACUCAAAAUAAAGAGGUGAUCAAUGGACAACAAAAAGGAUCUUCAAUAGUUGCAAGACAGUUUCUAGAUCUUGGAAAAUCUGAUCAAAUGAUUGAAUUAAAGAAUGAUGAGUCAGCAUCUGAAGAAAGACCAUCUUAUGAUUGUUCAAUAUCUCCCAAUAUUGUUGAGUCAAUGGAGAUUAAUAAUGACCAGUCAGCGGUGAAUAAAAGUAAUGGAUUAAUUAGUCCUUGUGCUGAUUAUGAUCAGAAUUUAGAAGAAGCAUGUCAUGGAUGGGUUCCAAACAAAAUUUCCAAGUUGAAUGCUCCAAAAGAUGCUGAUGAUGAACAUGAACAGAAGGAAGAAAGCGUAUCCAUGGUUCGAAAAGCUCGUGUUUCGGUCCGAGCAUUGUCUGAUGCAUCUACUAUUUCUGACGGGUGCCAAUGGAGAAAGUAUGGGCAGAAACUGGCUAAAGGAAACCCAUGCCCUCGAGCUUAUUAUCGAUGCACCAUGGCCACUGGUUGCCCCGUUCGCAAACAGGUACAAAGGUGUGUAGAGGAUAGAGCAGUGCUAAUAACAACAUACGAAGGCAAUCACAACCAUCCGCUACCUCCGGCUGCAAUGGCAAUGGCGUCCACUACAUCAGCCGCCGCAUCAAUGCUACUCUCCGGCUCCACAAUGUCUUCACCGUACUCAUAUCCGCCGCAGUUUGCUUCACUUUCUGCUUCAGCUCCAUUUCCUGCUGUAACAUUAGACCUCACUCGUCCACCCCCCACCAAUUUCAAUUCCUUUCAAACACGCCCUCAAGAUCACCAAUCUCAUUUUCAAUUUUCUGGUCACAAUCAAGCGAGAUUUUCAGAUUUUUUUAGCCUUCAAGGAAUGGAUUUGCGGGUGCCUACGGAUAUUAGUGCAGCAACAGCUGCUAUUACUGCAGACCCUAAUUUUACUUCGGCUUUAGUUGCAGCGAUUACUUCCAUCAUUAAUGGCGAUGUUCAUUCAAACAGUACUACGGACAACAUGCAUUAAAAGCAUAUUAUAUAUAUAUUACAUAAACAUGAGUAGCUUUUGAUUUUGUAGCGUCAAUGCAUGCAUAGUGCAAGGAGAGGAUUUAAUUUCUUACCAAUUUGUAUGAAAAGGUUUUGGUGGAUAUUAAACCUAGUGCAAACUUUCUCUUAGUUACAAAAAAAUUAUACUACUAUGAUAUUUUA